AUGUUGAAACUCGUUCUUAUUACCCAUGAAGAACAUGAAGACGUAUCGGCAUCAACGAACGCAUCAUCCUUCAAUUCGAGUAACCAUGGCAACCACAACCAAUUUCUCUCUCCUCUUCAUCCUUUUUAUUUCUGUUUCCAUUUCCUUUUUCUUUAUGGAAAUGGUCGUUCUUACAGUACUGGAAACAGUGCAUUUGAAACCCUAACAUUUGAUUCAACAGGUGGUCGAUCGAUUCAACUUCCAAAUAUUGCAGUUGGUUGUGCUCAUGAAAAUGUUGGCCAACCCUUUAACAAGAAAGUGUCUGGUUUAGUUGGUCUUGGUGGCGGUAAACUUUCUUUGAUUUCCCAGUUGGGUUCAAAAAUUGAUUCAAAAUUCUCUUACUGUUUAGUACCUUCUCAUACUGAUUUUUCAAGUAGGUUCAAUUUUGGUAGUAAUACUGAAAUUAUAGGAGAAAAUAUUCUGUCAACUCCAUUAAUAUCAGAACCAUCACAAAAAACAUUUUAUUAUCUAACACUUGAAGGUAUUAGUGUUAACGAAAACAUGGUUCCGUUCAGAAGCAGCGCAUCCUCAACAAUGGAAGACGAUUACAUUAUAAUCGAUUCUGGAACGACUCUCACAUAUCUUCCAGAAGAAAUGUAUUCAGAACUUGAAUCAGAAUUUGAGAAAGCAAUUGAUGCUGAACCCAUCAUUGGUCCUGAAAAUUUUAAUUUAUGUUACCCACUUGAUGAAUCCAUGAAAUAUCUGGAUGUUACUGUUCAUUUUACCGAUGCGGAUAUCAAACUUGACCCGAAGAAUUAUUUUGGUCAUGUUGGCGGCGGUGCUGUUUGUUUAUUUUUUGCUCCUACCGAUGGUCCAUACAUUUGUGGGAAUGUAGCUCAGAUCAAUUUCCUAAUUGAAUACGAUUUGAAGGAGAAGAAAGUUUCUUUCAAGCCAACUGAUUGCACCAAGCAGGGCUAGUUAAUAUUUAGCUAUUUGAUUAUAGCUAAGUUACCCAGAUAUAUCUUGUUAUUUUGUUGCUGAAAUAAAGAUCUCCUCAAGAUCAUAAGAUAAUGCUCUUCUGAAACCAGCUGAGGUUUAUACCGCUGACUAUGGGGGGCAGGCUCCCAUGCUUGAGGUCGCAAGUUGGAGUUUUUUUUUUCUUUUUCCCAUCGAAUGAAGUUGCAGCUUCUGUCGUUCCAAUAAUUUUCGUUCCAUAAUCUGCUUUUGUGACUGAUAAACAUGCGUUAUAGCACGUCUGAAUGGGUUCCAAUCCAUGUCGCAGUAAUAAAAAGCAGAUUAUGGUACUUUCUUUUCUUCCUUUUUGUUUGAUGAAAUUAAGAUUUCCAUACUAAAGGAGUAAUUUCCCCUAAGAGUUUCAAAGAAUUCAACAUGUCAUCGUGAGAAAUGUUCUCAGUUGAAAAAGAUAAAACUAA